AUGCACUCUGUCUUUAAUAUUGCAAUUCAACUCUUCCUGAUAAUUGGUAUUGCGCAUAUUCAAGGAUAUUCUAUCGACUCUAUUAAUUCAAAAUUUAAUGGUAAAUGUAAUUCAAAUGAAGAAUAUAUAUGUGGACUGACUUGUAUUGAAACCUAUAUGACUCUGUCUGCUCAUGUCAGUCCAUUAUUAAUCUUAUUUCUAACACUUUUCACCAUUCAAACACAUGGAUUUGUAUUUGGACGAUUACGUUUAGGUGCUCAUCAAGAAUAUCAAGUAUGUGGUUCAGCUUGUCCUCUGAACAUGUGCUGA